AACAAGUCAUCAUUUUUUAACCAAAAGAGUAAGCAUUUGGUUAUAAAAAAAACGAGUUUUAUUAUUAUUAUUUUCCUUUAUUUUAUUCUUAUUUUUCAAUAUAUGUUGUUGUCAGAAGGGGAAAUAGAAAGGUUUUAUAUACCUGACUUUAAUGAAAAGCAUCAUGAACUAGUUGAAAAGACAGCUUCUAUCAUUUGGCCUAACGAGUUAGAAGAACCGGGUGAUGAUGAGUGGAGUUUAGGAGCUCCUAGCUGGGCUGUUAAACCAUUAGUGAACUAUUGGGUAAACCAAUUUGAUUGGGAAAAAUCAUCCAGGGCGAAAAUGAAUAAAUGGCAUCACUAUCAUAUGAAGAUAGAUGGACUAUUGAUACAUUAUGUUUAUGAACCUUCUCUUCAUCAUCAUGCUAUUCCUAUUGUUUUAUUACAUGGUUGGCCGUCUACAUUUUAUGAGUUUCAUAAGUUAAUAGAACCACUGAGAGAUGGUUUUAAUGAUACACAGGCAUUUCAUGUGAUUGUUCCUAGUUUACCUGGCUUUGGCUUCUCAGAAGCACCGAAAGUAAAAGGAUAUGGCGUAUCUAAAAUGGCUAGUACAAUCAACUCAUUAAUGCUAAAUCUAGGAUACAAUAAAUAUAUCUAUCACGGUGGAGAUUGGGGAGCGAUUAUAGGGAAAUGGAUUGCUACACAUUAUAAUCAAAAUUGUAAAGCAUAUCAUACAAAUCUACCUAUGGUUUUACCCCCACUACCUACACCAAGGAAUCUAUUAUUUUAUCCUUUCAAGGUGAUGAAAUUUUUUUCUAGUUUAAUUUUGGGAUUUGAUACAGUUUAUGGAACAGGAAAGACACUAUUGGGAGGUGCAACAUUUGCUAAUGCAGAAUGGAAUAAUGAAUGUGGUUAUAGAGCUAUACAAGGCACAAAACCUUAUACUUUAGCCUAUGGCCUUACUGAUAGUCCUGUAGGUUUACUAGCUUGGAUGCUGGAAAAGUAUCAUGAUUGGACAUAUCAUUCACUAGAGAAAGAAAAAGAGACUUCAGGGUUACCAACUACUAUCAGUUACGAUGAAUUCUUGACUCAAGUUUCUAUUUAUUGGUUAACAAAUACCAUGUCCUCAUCUAUUCGUAUUUAUUAUGAAUGUCUUCAACAAAAAGAAAUGAUGAAAGUCGUUUUACCACGAAUUACUAUUCCCGUAGCUGUUUGUGCAUUUGCUCAUGAUAUUAUAAAGAUACCAAAAGAUUGGUUGGAGGCUUCAACAGACCUUCAACAAUACACCGAGAUGAUUUCUGGUGGGCAUUUUCCAGCCUUAGAGGAACCAAAAUUAUUACUUGAAGAUUUACAAAGAUUUGGAAAAAAAAUAAAAGAACAAAACUUAAUGGAAGACUAAUCAUAAAGACGACCCUUUCUGUUAACAUAAAAGGAAAAAUUUACAUGUACUAGUGUCGAUCACUUCUAAAAAUAGUAAACAUCUAUUAUUGUUAUUGUUUAUAUUUUUACAAGAAAUCAAUCUUACCUUUAUAAGAAAUAAACCUAGUAACCUCACAUAAAUAAGUGGAUAAAAAAGUCAACUAGAGUAAUUCUAGUAACUUGUUGUUGU